CCUGUCUCUAUAAAGAGAAGGCGGGCGCCGCACUCGGCUGCAAGCUCCGUUGGGUGCCUAGGAUCCAUUUCCAUCGGGUUCUGCCGAAACUCGUGUGGCUCCCUCCCCGCAACAGCCAAAAUGGUGAAGCUGAUCGAGAGCAAGGAAGCUUUUCAGGAGGCCCUGGCCGCUGCGGGAGACAAGCUUGUGGUAGUGGACUUCUCUGCCACGUGGUGUGGACCUUGCAAAAUGAUCAAGCCCUUCUUUCAUUCCCUCUGUGACAAGUAUUCCAAUGUGGUGUUCCUUGAAGUAGACGUGGACGACUGCCAGGAUGUUGCUGCAGACUGUGAAGUCAAAUGCAUGCCGACCUUCCAGUUCUAUAAAAAGGGUCAAAAGGUUGGGGAGUUCUCUGGUGCUAACAAGGAAAAGCUCGAAGCCACUAUUACGGAGUUUGCCUAAUCAUGCUCUGAAAAGUGUGACCAGCUCCAGCAGGUUAAAACCUGUACCUUUUUUAAUUUGCAAAAAAAACCUAUGAAGUGUGGAGAGUCUAUACCCAACUGCCAUCUGAUUAUAAAUGACAAUAAAAUAUUAAUUCUACCCUUUUUAAAA